UAAGCGAGAUCCAGGUAGAGAGGUAUAAGAAAACAGCGAUUUUGACAGAGAUUGAUCUUAAUCCCUUUGCUAAUCUCGGUGGACAUCUCUCUUUUGAUACCCGCUUCUUUGAAUUUGAUGCUCUAUCCUUACCAAGCUAGCAGUUUUGGGAUGAACUUCAGUUCCGAGUUUGCUGAAAUGGAGCAAACUCCUUGGCCUUCUGAAAUUUCAACCAGCUCUUGUUCUGCUAACAAUUCAUUCGAACACCUUAAUUUGAUUCCAUCGUACACGCCAACGACAUCAAAGAGUUUCAAUUUCAACUCUCAGGCUGAAGGAUCUCAUCCCCGGAAUCGUUCCAACCACCAGAUAGUUAAAGAUCCGAAUGUUUGUUGGGAUGCGAAGACUAUGCUCAACAAUCUAUCGUUCCUCGAACAAAAGAUCCACAACAUUCAGGGCGUCGUCCAUUCGAUUGUCAACCAGAAGAGCCAAAUAUCUUCUCUCCCGAACGAAUUCGCUGUUCAGCAGCAAGUUCUAACCACUGACCUUACCUCGAUCAUAGUUGACUUAAUCUCAACGGCAGGAAACCUUCUUCCUUCCAUUAAAAACAACCUCUUUUCUUCCAAUUCUCCUCCCGCUCAAUCAUGCAAUAGCUUUGAUCCCUCAACUCAACUGGAGGCUGAUGCUCCUUUCCCCAACCAUGAUCCCCCAACUCUGGAGAUAGAAAAGUGUGCAGGGGAAUACAAUGAGCUGAAAAAAAGUGAGGAUGAUGGAAGGGAAGCGAACCACAUUGAAGACCAUGAUACCAAGGAAAGCGAAGAUGGUGCGGAGACGGAUAAUCUCUUACUCGGAUCUUACGAAGUAUUACAGUUGGCAAAAGAAGAGAUUUUGGCGCCGCACACCCAUUUUUGCACAAUAUGCGGAAAGGGAUUCAAGCGAGAUGCGAACUUGAGGAUGCAUAUGAGAGGUCAUGGUGAGGAGUACAAGACCCCAGCUGCUCUAUCUAAGCCAAGCAAGAACUCCGAGCCCACGCUUAUCAAGAGGUACUCAUGCCCUUUUGUUGGGUGCAAGAGGAACAAGGAUCACAAAGGUUUCCAACCUUUAAAGACACUGCUUUGCGUUAAGAACCACUAUAAGAGGACUCACUGUGACAAAUCCUAUAUAUGUAGUAAAUGCCAUUCCAAGAAGUUCUCUGUUCUAGCUGAUCUUAAAACUCAUGAGAAGCACUGCGGGUGUGAUAAGUGGCUUUGCUCUUGUGGAACAACCUUUUCUAGGAAGGACAAAUUGUUUGGGCAUGUAGCUUUGUUCCAAGGCCAUUCUCCCGCGCUGCCCAGUGAAGAAGGCUGUGGUUUGGGAUCAUCAGAGCAUGUUGGAUUAGAGGGUAAUGGAUAUGGGUUCUCAACGAAUUAUUUGAAUGAUGAUGUGGAUAUAAAAUUGUUUGAUGAUGACCGUGGUUAUCUAUCAACUCUGAGUUUUGAGCCAUAUGAAUAUGGGGUGAGUGACGACUUCAUGAAAGUGGCAUUUAGUUUUAUGGAGAAUUCACCUAUCAUUUGUCCUUCUGAACUAUCUGAUUUUGGUGAGAAGAAGGGAGAUUCUUCUGAUUCCCAUUGUAUGCUAUAAUGCUGAUUUUUAAUAUAUAUUGCAUUUUGAUCAUAAUGCACAUGAUUGUUCCAGAAAUUCUGAAGUUUGUAUUU